UCUGUGUUUGACAAUUCAGCAGUUUAAUUUGCAGAAAACUCGAAAAGACUUUCAUUUUUAACAAAUUCUCAUAGCUCUGAAAGUAUACAUUGAAAAUGUCCGAAAAUAAUGAUACCUCUAACGAAUCAAACAGCCUUGGUAGCGAUUCCAUCUUACAAUCAUCGCGGUUAACCGGUGGCGGUGUAAAUCCUGUUCUACGUUCAGGUGUAUUGCGACCGUCAGUGCUUGGCCCAUCGGUUUUGGGCGCAGCUGCCUUAGGCAGCAGCAAUAACAAUUCUCUAGCUAAUCUCAAUGCAAACGCGAUUUCCAAUUCAACAGCCACAAGCAAUAAUGUUGAAAGAGAUGAAGAGGAUUCCGAGAGCAGCACAACCAACCACAAUCCUUUUAUGCGGGAACAGAAAGAAGAUGAAGAGGGGUCAAACAAUGGAACAAUUGUGGAGGAGGGUGCUGCUGGUGGUGAAACAGGAAAUGAUAACAAGACGACAGAUGACAAAAAAGCGGCGGACGAUGAUGAGCCGGAUGAACGUUCGGAUCCAUUGAGUCUGCUACGUAAAAAUGGACUUGAACGAGCAAAUCUCUUUGCUGCUGCUAAGAACUCAAUACCGCGCGUGGAGAAAUCUGGUUUUGUAUUUGGCCAAAAUGUGCAUGAACGGGUUCUAGGGGAAAACAUCAAUCUUGAAAGUGCAGCGAGAUCAGAUAAAUCUGAAGCCAGCUGCUCAACUUCUGGGGAAUUGCUUUUUUCCAGUGUUAUACAAAAUGCGGCAAAAGCCGGUGAGAAUGACAAACAUGGCACACCAAAAGAGAGUGAAACAAAAACACUAACUGAUGUGGCGCGUGAAUACGAAGAGAGCCGUGCACAGAAACGCAAAUUUGAGGAGGUGGAAACAUUUACUGGCGAAGAAAAUGAAAUUAAUAUUGUUGACGUCAAUUGUAAAUUGUUUGCCUUCGUCAACAGCAAUUGGGAGGAGCGUGGACGGGGUAGUUUACGCUUGAAUGAUUCGAAAAAGGAACAAGAAUGCUCUCGUGUUGUGUUUCGAACGUCGGGAAAUCUGCGUUUAUUGCUGAAUACAAAAGUUUGGGCAGGUAUGGUUGCUCAGCGUCCCAGCAACAAAUCACUGCGCCUUACUGCAAUGGACAAUACUGGCAAAAUAAAGAUUUUCUUAGUAAUGGGUCGUCCUGCAGAUAUGUCAUUGCUGCAUAAAGAGUUGAUAGUUCGAAUUGAACUCCGAAAAGUCUCGCAUCCGGAAGAGUGUCGGUCGCCGGCAGAAACGAAAAACGGUGUCGGAUCUACCGAGAAUCACGAGGAGGAGGCAAAAGAAGCCGAAGCCACCGCUGUACCGGAUCAAGAAGAGUGCACGGAGCCAAGUCCCAAAAGAUCGAUGGAUAGAGAAAAGCGAAACUAAUACACCGAUUUUAUAAAACAACAAACAAUUAUAAUAAAAAAAAUAUUAUAAUCUUAACUUAUGAUUUGCAAAUAAAAACAAGUUAAAAAUAACAAAAUAAUAAAGUUUGGCGAAAGCACAUAUGAAUUGCAUAAAACUUCUACAUGAAAUCGAAAAUAAAUACUCCCGCAUGAAAUGGGAAAAAGUAAAAAACAAAGCAAAAUUUGAAAAAUAUAUGGUUAUGUGCUUAUUACUGUAAAACUAAAUUGAUUUUUUUUUUGUAUUAUAUAAACAACAACGAAUCACGAAACGCAGUAGAAAAUACUAAAUCAAAACUUGUAUUAAAUUUAAAGAAACACAAUUGUUUAUACAUAAUUAUUAGAUACACAGAUAGACAAAAAGGAAAGAAAACUCAAUAGUAAAGCAAGUGAUGGUGCUGAAAAAAGAAAAAAACUCAUUUCAUUUUUUAUGAAAAUAUAGUUUUCCGAAUAAAUUUCUAAACGCUUAAACACAUUCAAAGUAUAUAUAGAAAAAAUGAAAGAUUCGCUUUGCAAUUGGAUUUUUUUAUUCGUAAAAAUCAUCUUGUGAUUGUACGUAACUUCUCAUGAUAAAAAUAUGCACCGUUAAUAACUUGAUAUCAUUUCAUACUUGUAGGCGUUUGUGGGUAGGAUAUUUCAAUUUUUAGAAAACCUACCGAAAUUCUAUAUAUUUGUGUUUUAAAUGUAAAAUCUACAAUGAUAAUCUGUUUUUUAAAUAAUGAAUUGUAGUCUAAAUGAAAGCAAAGGUAGAGCUAAGAUAAAAUAAAGAAUAUCUGAAAAGAAAAUGGAGGAAGAAAUAAGAUGAAAAUAAAUUUAGAUUUCUGUUCCUUGUAAAACAUUAA